AUGACUACAUCAAGACAAGUGGAAGGAGAUCGCAGACUUCUGCAGUUUAAAACUUAUGAGGACUAUUUAGAUUCUUUGACAACAACUUCUGAUCUUUGUUACUUGCAAAGUACUGAAGCAGCUAGAUCAAUUGCAGAACUCGGAUACAGGAGUUCGGGCGAAACUUUAACAAAGGAUGCUUUUAUUCGUCGCCUCGCUGCAGUAACGGAAUAUGUGUAUCCCAGUCGCAAACAUUACAUAUUGUGCAGCGAGGGAAUGAAGAGUAACGAGCAGCUCCAUCAAGAGCUGGCGCUAAGGGAGCGCUCGAAUCGAGUCGGACUGUUGGCGACUAUUAUAUUUCUGCGUCAUUACACCAAAACGGGUUUUGAAAUAUCAGGAUACAUAGACUACGCUGAAAAAUUAGUGACCGAUGAUUGGACGGACUUUUUCAAAGGCAAUAAGCGUCUUUGGCCCAAGACCAACGAUCUAGGGUACUACCACUGGCGCGUUGGCAGAAGUACUUGUAACGACACGAACAACUACAAAGCAAUAGUAGACCCACACAGGGGACUAUUAUUCCAAAAUCGUCACGAUCGUCUAAUCAUUUGCCCGGAUCCAAGUCUACCGUCUCCCGGAAGCAAUACUACCCGUACCCGAAUUUUUACGGACAGAUAUGAACACGUCGUUUUGUAUGAUCACGUAGUCCGUAGUAAAUGCUGAUACAUUUCUGUUAUCAACUAUAUUUAUAAUCUUAUUAUAUCAAGGCUUAUUUUAGGCAAAAGUAUUAACGAUAAUUGUUAUAUAUUAAUUGUUACAAUUGCCA